GCACAUUUACACUGCACCUACUAUACAUAUCAUAACACCGAUACACCAAGAGAAAUGCUGCUGAACUCUAGAGCCCAAACUGCAUCGGCCACUCGCCGCGCCGGUGCUUACAGGCGGCCAGCGCGGUCCUGCCGAAUGGUCGUUGUUGCUGCCGCUGGUCGCGAGGAUUACCUUCUGCGCAGUCUGUCCGAAGGCGCUGAGGUCAGCGUGCUGGUGGUGGAUGGGACCCAGCUCGUUGCUGAGGCCAAGCGCCGCCACAAGCUGGCGCCCACCGCCACCGCCGCCAUGGGCCGCACGCUGCUGGGCGCGCUGCUGAUGGGGUCGUUCAGGAAGGAGGAUGAGCAGGUGCAGAUCACGUUCCAAGGCAACGGGCCCGCGGGCUCCAUUCUGGCCAUCGCUGACACGCGCGGCAACGUCAAGGGGAAAAUCAACAACCCCGCAGCGGACCCUCCUCUGCGCCCUGACGGCAAGCUGAAUGUGGGCGGCGCUGUGGGGCAAGGUGUGUUGGCGGUGGUUCGUAGCCACCCGCUGGAGCCGCAGCCGUACACAGGCAUGGUGCCCAUCGUGAGCGGCGAGGUGGCGGAGGACCUCGCCAACUACCUGGUGGACAGCGAGCAGACCAACUCGGCACUGGGUCUGGGUGUGGCUCUGGACCGGGACUGCAACGUCAAGAGCGCGGGCGGCUGGCUGGUGCAGAUCCUGCCCUUCUGCAGCGAGGAGACGCUGGUGCAGCUGGAGCAGAACCUGACCACCAUGCCGUCCAUCACCGCCAUGCUGAACGAGGGCAUGUCGCCCGAGGCCGUCACCGAGCGCAUCCUGCAGGGCCUGGGCGUCAUGCCGGGGGCCGAGCGCGUGGUGCCCAAGUACGGGCCGUGCGAGGAGGAGACGUUGAAGAAGCGCAUGAUCCGGGCGGUGGCGUCUCUGGGCAAGAAGGAGGUGGCGGACAUCAUCGCGCAGGAGGGCAAGCUGGAGGUGACGUGCGACCUGUGCCAGCAGACCUACAACUUCAGCCAGGGUGAGGUGGACGCAUACCUAGACGCGCAGCGCUCUGAGCGCGAGGAGGAGGAGGAAGAGGAGCAGGCGGAGGCGGUGGAGGAGGUGUCCGCGCCCCUGUCCUCCAACACCAGCUCGGCAUGAGCGGGGCCACGCGGCGGAGUGGGAGUGUGGUGAAGGGCAUGUGUGGAAGGGGGUGGGUGGUGUGCGGUGAGCGGAGUGGCACCUGCGGGUUGCGGAGCUCUUGUGCGGCAGUGUGUGUGCGUGUGUGUGUGUGUUAAAAAACGAAACGAAAGCCCGCCCAAUGACGCGACGGAGUUACUUACCGAUACCCUCCAUUUUACCGAGCGUCGCGUGACUGUCGUGACCCAGGUAGUCAUACUCACCCGCGAUAAGCCUGGAACCCCACGGGCAACCAUUCGGGGUGUGUGUGUGUGUGUGUGUGUGUGUGUGUGUGUGUGUGUGUGUGUGUGUGUGUGUGUGUGUGUGUGUGGAUGGAGUGACACGGCGCGCGGCUCUGUGGGCUGGGGCAGCCGGCAGCUGCGUGGGUACGGAUCGUACCGUUUCAGGGGCAGUCGGGACGUGCAGUGGACGAGACCGCAGAGCUGAGGGUGGGCUGUGGCAGAAGGAAGCACGCUUUGCUGGCAGCUGCCUGACACACAUUGUCAGGCGGUUGGGCCGGGUUGGGAUCCCCACUAUAAGUCUGUAACAGCCUGACGUG